ACCAUGCUGGGCUCCUUGAUUCUGCUGUGGAUCAGCUUCUGCCUCCUCUUCUUCCUCUUCAGAACCCAGAGGCCAAAAAACUUCCCUCCUGGACCUCGUCCCGUCCCAGUUUUUGGGAACCUACUGCAGCUGAACCUGAUCAAUCCCAUUAAUGACCUACAGAAGCUGGCAGGGCGGUAUGGGAAGGUGUUCAGUCUGUACAUCGGGAGCAGGCCGGCCGUGGUGAUUAGCGGUGCGCAGGCCAUGAAGGAGGCGCUGGUCACUCGAUCGGUGGAAUUCGCAGGACGACCUCAGGACCUGAUGGUCAACCACGUAACAAAGAGCAAAGGUGUCAUACUGGCCAAUUACGGGUCCAGGUGGAGAGAGCACCGCCGGUUUGCACUAACGACCCUGCGGAACUUUGGCCUGGGGAAACAUUCCAUGGAGGAGAGGAUUCUGGGAGAAAUUCGCCACAUCAGCUCUUGCUUAGAGAAGAAUGCUGGGAAAUCCAUGGUUCCUCACCAUCUAUUCUCCAAUGCAACGUCUGACAUAAUUUGUUCAGUCAUAUUUGGAUCUCGAUAUGAACAUGAAGAUGAAGUAUUUCAGGCAUUGAUUACCAAGAUGGAAGAACUUACAAAGAUUACCAACGGACCCUGGGCCAUGCUGUACGACACACUGCCUCUGCUGAGAAACCUGCCUCUACCGUUCAGGAAAGCGUUUCAGAACUACUACAGCAUUCAGGAGCACGUUUUGGGCAUUGUGAAGCAGCACAAGAAGACUCGAAUCCCAGGGCAACCAAGGGAUUUCACCGACUGCUACCUGGAUGAACUAGAAAAGCAAGGUGAAAGUGGCUCUUCCUUUGAUGAAAGUCAGAUGGUUGCUCUCCUAAUGGAUCUCCUCCUCGCUGGAACGGACACCACCUCUAACACGCUCCUUACGGCUUUCCUGUACCUCAUGACUCACCCAGAUGUUCAGAAGAGGUGUCAGAGGGAGAUUGACACGGUGCUUGGGGAGAAGGAACAGGCCUCUUACGAGGACAGACACAGGAUGCCCUACAUGCAGGCCAUGAUCCACGAGGUCCAGCGAGUCGCUGACACUGUUCCCCUUAGCGUGUUCCACGCCACCACCAAAGACACCCAGCUGAUGGGCUUCGACAUCCCCAAGGGCACCCUCAUCAUUCCCAACCUCUCCUCUGUUCUGAGUGAGGAGAGUCAGUGGAAGUUUCCCCAUGACUUCAACCCUGAGAACUUCCUAAACCAACAGGGGGAGUUUGUGAAGCCAGAGGGCUUCAUGCCUUUCUCCGUGGGGCCUCGAAUGUGUCUGGGAGAGGGUCUUGCUCGCAUGGAGCUUUUCCUGAUCUUGGUGACGCUUCUGCGCCGGUUCCAGUUUGUCUGGCCCGAGGAUGGUGGGGUACCUGACUACACCCCUGUUUUCGGGGUCACCCAGACACCCAAACCCUACAGAAUGGGCAUCAGGCUGAGGGCAACCCAGAGAGGGUGAACCAGCAGACAUCCCACAGAGGCUCCCCUGAUGUUAUAGACAUCAGCUGGUCACAUGAUGAGUAACAAACAAUCUAACAAUGACCUUUUCCUCUAAUAUUGUUCAUACAUAUUUCCGCAGUCUGUGUUUCUCAUGGCUGAAUUGCUCAGUUGUGGAAUCAUAUAGAUAUCUUUAAUCAACCCGGAGUUAGAUCCCAAAGAGAAACAUGAGCAUGUAACCAUCCUAGGUGUUACCCUGUCAUUGUCCAACAGUGUAACUGGAUGAUAUGUAAAAAAAAAAAAUGAAGGCAAUGGAAAUUCAUAAGGAUGAGGGUGUGUGCAAAAUAAAGCAUUUUUGGCAGUAGA